UAUGGCAGCCAAUCGUGAAGGAAAGCAAGGCAGGAGUUUGACCAGUUGAGGCCAGAAAGCAAGAAAGGGAAGGGAAGGAAAGGGUGCUUGCCCGGAAUCAGAGGUUGCUAUACAACAUGAGGCUGCACGAAAGGCUGAUCAGGCCCUUCCAAGCUCCUGCAAUGGUCCAAAACCUCUCAGGGAGCCAAGUGUUUUUGUUCAGGAGCAGCGGACAAUCCGAUUCGGAGGACUCGUCAGAGGAGGAGUUCAACACCAUGGAAUUACGCACCAGGGGCAAAGACCCCCAGCCAUCCAGUUCUUCCCAGAAGAGAGUGGGAGAUGUGCAGCUUCUAGAACGGGUCGUUAAAAAAGACGACAAUCUCAACAAGUUGGCUCUGCAGUACGGGUGCAAAGUUGAAGAUAUCAAGAGGGUUAAUAACUUCAUCCAAGAACAAGACUUCUACGCCCUGAAAUCCAUCAAAAUUCCGGUCAAGGUGAAUGGACUACUGACGGAGACCUGCGAUGAGUUGCUACCCCUUCAGACUCCUGCUCUGCUCCUCGAACACUCUGUAUCCAUAGAUCCGGAAAACAGGAGUGGCGACCAUGAACAAUUUGAUCAAUAUUUCAGAGGGAUUGACCAAAACAUUGAAAGAGUGACACAGUUGGAAAUCCCUUCAUGUACAGAUCCCUUCAUUGAACCUUCAAACUGGUCAUCUCGGGAGCAGAAAGCAACCUGCACCGGAGCAGAUUAUGGGAUCCAGUGGUGGAAAGCAGUUUUUCUUAUGCUCCUGAUAGGAAUUGUUUUACCUGUGUUUUACAUUGUCUAUUUCAAGACCCAGCAAGUAGAUGUGGUUCUCAGUACCUCCAACACGACAGAACCUGUCAAAAUCUCAGUGAACCGUUCUUCGGUGGGAAGACCUAACUACGCUGGGCAAGAAAGCACCUCCACCGUCCACACUACUAAAGCAGCUUUCAUCCCAUCAGGGGGGUGACAUAACCUGGCCUGUUUUCCCUGCCCCAAAUGAACUGGGAGUAACAAUGGAUUCUGGAUUUUUUUUCCCUCUCCCAAGAGCAGUGCAGCAUCUCUUUGUUAUUUGUGGUUACUAAUGAAUUUUGAGCAAAGAACAGCCAGAGGAACAACAGGGCAAAAUGAGUCGUGGGAAGAUAAUUAGCCAAUUGUGAACCUGCUCCCACUGUGUAGGAAGAAAAGGGCCAUUUUUUUUUAAUAGCAAAAAUGAGGACAGAGGCCCAACCUACUACUGCAUCCUACAAAUGCCCAGAUUUUCCUCCUGAGAUCUCAGCUUCCAAAAACCCUUUUCUUUUUACUCUCCUCGGUCCCUUUUCCUUUCUAUUGUUAAAACAUUUCUCCACACGGUGUAACUAGGGUAGUUUUUUCAGGGAACACAGUUUGAGUGAUAUCCCUAUUCGUCUUGCAGGGUUUUGUGAGGCCUGGCCCUUUUGAAGAAAUAAGAUGCAUCCAGAUAAUCCAGCAAAAGCCGGAAUACUGCAUGUGUUUAGCAAAAUGUUUAAAAGUCAUGUUUGAGAUCUGCAAAUUAGGAUUUGGGGGCGUUGUUUACAUAUGUAAUUUUUGUUUUGCAAGUUGUGGAUCUAUACCUAGUGUGAACUUUGUAGCCAAAGAAGUUACAGGUCUAUUUUGACAUUGGCCUCAAAUGGAGGUUUUUUUUUCCUUCUGUUAUUAAUCUGCACGUUUUAAUGCUCAUGUCUCUCAUCAACCAGCAUCCCACUUAUUGAUGAGUGGAUGUGAACAAUUGGCCAGAAAAACUUCCUCUUUUAAGCUUUUUGACUGGGAUACAGAAAGUCCUUGACUUACAACAGUUCAUUCAGGGACUUUUCAAAGUUACGGCACUGAAAAAAAGUGACUUAUGAUCAUUUUUCACACUUGUGACUGUUCAAGUAUUCCCAGUUUAAUAUCUUCCCCAUAAGAGCUGCUGUGGUGCAGUGGUUAGAGUGCAGUACUGCAGGCUAUUUCUGCUGACUGCCAGCUGCCUGGAAUUUGGUAGUUCGA